AGAACAUAAAUCUCCAGACAGAGUUGAAAGAUUUGCAUAAACAACAAAUGGACAACAAGGACGCCAACCAACAGUUGAAAAAUGAAUCUCGAAAGCUUCAAGAACAAAUAGAUAGACUUCACUCUGUCUUGAAGACAAGAUGUGACGUCCAGAACGAAAACAGAACUCUGAAAUUGGAACUUGAGAGUAUGAUAGAAGCAAGUGCAAAACUGACUCAUGAAUCAGCCAUUCAGUUUGAGCAACUGCAAGAACAAGUUGACCAAACGAGGAAACAACACAAACAAGAGAUCGAAGACCUGGAAGAGGUUCAAAGCGCACAGGCUGCUGCUGAUAAGGCGACAUACGAGCAAAACCUAGAGGAUAAUAAGAAGGAGAUCCAGAAUUUGGAACAGAGAAUGGCAGACAUGGAGAAAGAGAAGCAUUCGGAGGUAGUCAAGCUUCGACUUGAGUACGACGCUAGACUCCUGAGGCUACAAAAGCAGACCAGUAGGGUUCAACAGAAUGCAGCAGCCUCAUCGAACCAGGAAAUAUUCCGCAAGAAACUCCAACAUGCCAAGUCCGAGUAUGAGAGGGAGAUCUGUGGCCUGAGGCGGACCAUCUCUGAUCUCGAGAGUCAGACAUCCAGGAACAGUGCGGGGAAUUUGUCGUCAAAAUUGGGCCAACUUCAGCCAAAGAAGAGAAAGUUUUAGUGGUUCCCAUCGUAAGAUGACGUUGACUUUUCCAACCCUUAUUGAGACAUUCUUUAUUCUCUCGGAGUUUGAAAAGUGCAAUGUAAAACAAUACACAGUUACGGGUAUACUUUUACAGUGCAGCUGAGAAGAACAUGUACGUUGAUCCCCUGUCAAUGUUGUCAUGUUGAUAAGGCUUUUUCUGACUCGAUGACCAUGUUAAUAAUUUCGAAUCGUUCUCGUUUUGUGUUUGCAAAAAGGGCAAAUUUCCGGCACUGUGGAAAAGAACGGUAACUCCCAAUCGCGUGCGUGAAGUCGGCCUGUAAUCGUGUCUGAACAGCAUUUGCGUGCUCACCAGACGUCGAAGACGCUACUUCUGGAAACUGUGGAAGUCCGUGCGACAUAUAAAUCCUUUCUAAACUUGUUGUAACGUUAGGCCCCAGUUGUUGUCGCAAUAAAUGUUUCGGUCGAAUACCAUUCACUUAUCAGUUCCAUGGUGUGGAUAUUCUUGUUAUUUCUACAUUGGUAUAUAAAU